UGCCUGUGGAGGGCCAGCCACAGCCCCUGACUGCACUAGGAAUUGAAGCCGUCCGCAAUCUGCCUGCACCCUGAUGACUGGAGGAACCCUUGGAGAUGACUGGCCCUGCUGAACACAGAGAACCUGACAUCUCAUGGUAAAUCCCAACACAGACACUGGUAGGAAGUGACCCAGGGAGGGUGAUGGAGUGUGUGUAAAGGAUUUUUGGACAGAUUUUACAACUCAUUAAAAGAAAAACAUUCUGACUUCACCAUGGCCACCAUAGAGAAAGAACUGGUUAACAGCUGCAUGGAUACAAAAGGAAAAGAACACCGCUUGUGCUAUUACAUUGGGGCAACAAGCGAUGCAGCCACGAAGAUCAUCAGUGAGGUCAGCCGCCCAAUGAGUGCUCAUGUGCCUGUGUCGAAGAUAUGCGAGAAACUGAAGAAGAAUGACGUUCAGAUCUGUGAGCUCAAAUAUGAAAGGAAACUGGACUUAAACUCGGUGGAUCUCUCCAAGAUGAGAGUGGUUGAGCUGAGGAAGAUCCUGGAUAGCUGGGGAGAAGUGUGCAGAGCAUGCAUAGAGAAAACAGACUUUGUGAACUUGAUUAAGGAGCUGGCACCUAAGUAUAUGCUUACAAACCCCAAAUCAGACCUUUGAUACUUGUGCCAAUCUAGUGCUUGCUAUGGUAGGUCAUUUCUCUGUGCACAAAGAAUGACUGACAAUGGAAUAGCUGGGCUAAAAAACUUAUUUGGUUACAACUCACAAGUGCCAAAAAACAGAGUUAUUAUUAAUAAUUGCUUAUCUAGCACCACAGAAGGGCAUAGUACUUUACAGACAAGACAAGGUCACUGCACCAAGGAACAUAAUAUAUAAGAAUCAAAUUGUAUUUGUAUUGCCAUAGCAAAUAGAGUCCUCAGCCCCACAGUGCUAACACUGUACACACACAUAACAAAAAAAUGACCCCUGCCCCAGAGAUCUUAUACUUUAAAGUAGAAGAGGAGAGACCAAACCCCACCCCCCAAACAAACCCCAAACAGACCUUUAGCUAAACCAGUGUAAUGUGUGUAGACAAUCUUAGGGCUUGUACGGCUUUCACCAUAUUGGUUUAAAAACCAUUACAUAUUAUUGACAAAAUACUAUUAUUUUCCAUGACACAAUAUAUACAGUUAUAAGCAAUUUGAUAAUAGUAUAACUGCAUCCACAGUAGAGGGUUGCAUCAGUUUAACUACAUUGGUUUCUAAACCAAUCUGUUUAAGUCAAUACACAAACUGUGUGGAGACCAGCCCUUCUGUCUAUUCAAACCUGGCUUGUAUUGGUAUAGUUUGUAACGCGCAGGUACAACUUGUACAUAAAUAAGCCAUGUUUAAACCAAUGCAGUAAGUCCCUGUGCAGAGGCUUGUACCAGUUGAAUUGAAUUGGUGAAAUUUCUGUAGAAAAUCUUCUUUGCAACCUCUGCCUCAUUCAUUACACACCUUUUAACUGCUGCAGUGAAUGAGGCAGGGGCCUUACAACCAGCAUUGUGUAGUGAAUGAGGCUGUUAUCUCAUCCACUGUCCAUCUUGUGCAUUUCCAAUCCUAGGUUGACACCUUAAUAUAUUCAGGGAAGAGCAAUAUUUUUAUUUAAGGAGUUUGGAAACAGAGAAGUUAGAGGCGGAAAAGGCUAUUUGAUUAUUUAGUGUAUUCCUCCUUCUAGUUGAGGUACUCCAGGGGGUCCAUAGGCCCUGCUGAUUAACUCCUCCCCCUUCCUCCCUCAAC